GCAGCAGCAGCAGAGUGGAGGAAAAGUGAACUGGAAGGAGGUGACAGCAGAGGUGGCAGACUGGGCUCUGGUAGUCUCGCGGUCAGUACCGCAGCAGCACCAGAGGAUGAGCAUUAGCGCGGUAGUCGUUCUUGCUCUCAUUCUUCCCUACGUUUUAACCAGCAGGAGGAGAAGGAACACAUCGCUACCGCCAAAGACGACCUACACUCACGCAUAUUACGCGCAAAGCGGCUACUGUCAUGCUCGGACCACGUGACUCACGGUUAACGGCCGGUUCUUCUUUUCGCGCGUGAGAGAGCGAAUAACUGCAUUCCGUGUGUGGAUACACAUCAGUACUUAUUGUGUUUUUUGACUGGAAAAAGUGAAGGUUUUUUUUUCACGGCUGCGUUGGUUGUUGUUGUGUUGACGGUUCUGUGAGAUUGGUGAUCCGUGCCGGUGGAAAAUCGGCGCGAGUGUGUUCGGUGAUCGUCGUGGCGAGAGUACUCGAGGAUUUAGAUCGCAAGAUGCCGCAAACCGUUCCGACGGCCACGAGCUUUUCGCCGUCGUUCGACUACAGCACAUUCCAGUUCGACCUUUCCCUCCUGUCGGACGAUUAUACCACAUCGACGACGACGACAAGCAACAACAGCAGCGCAAAUCUAGCGGUAUCCCAUCAGCCGCAGGACAGCUGCGGUCUCAAGGCCAUCAAGCUAGAGGUGCAAUCACCGGGUUCGCCGAGCUGCAACACCAGUCCGCCCUAUGCCUACCUUCCCGACGAGCUUUCGCCCAACUAUUCCCGUGACGCCUCCCCGGCGUAUCCGCUGAGUCCCUACUACGUACCCCAGAGUCCCCAGAGCGCACAGCUGUACCCCACGAGUCCCGAAUCCGCAGGUAUGACGAGCCAGAAGCAACCGGUCAAGCGGGAGAAGAGCUUCGAUCUGCUGGCGAUACUCCACGAGUCUAGGCUCUUAGCGGAGAGUCUCGGCUACAAGGAGGACUCGACCGACUGUACGGUACCCUGCACCCCGCCUCCCACGGAGGAGGACAUCUACAACAGUCUCGAUACCGAUUUCUUCCCCAAGAAGGACGAGUCCAACCCACUGCUCAAGGAGAUCCUCUUCAGAGAGGACACCUGCCUCUCCCCAGCCUCCUCCAUUCGAUCUUCCGUGACCUCCUCGCCAGGUUCGACCUCGUCUCUCGAGCCCGAGAACCGAUCGUCCCUUCGCGACCUGUUGUUCCGCAACACCGGCAAGGAUUCCGCGAACCUCGUGAAAACCGAUCUUCCGUCCAAGCAAUCCGAUCACCAGCUUCUGAGGGAGGUACUACGAGACACGAGUUUCCAGCGCAAGUACAACCUGAAACCGGUGGAAUUGGGCGCAGUGGGUACCGGUUUCGUCGAGGACAUGGUGGCCCAGUCGGGCGAGUGCGUCGGCGAUCUCGCUCGCGAACAGAUCGAGCCGGUCCUCAGUCUGGCCAUACAACAACUCCAGAAGGAUUUCGACAACACCUGCGUCGCUCUUGGCAUACACCCUGAACCACGUCGCUGGAGCACAGCCGACGUCGCGGCAUGGGUGCAGUGGGCUAAGAAGCAGCUGCAAUUGCCGACGGUGCCGUUAGAAUGCUUCAACAUCGACGGCGUCACUCUGGUCUCCCUCAGCGAGGAGGAAUUCUGCCGAAGAGCUCCACAGUGUGGCAGCAUGCUACACGCUCAACUGGAGAUCUGGAAAGCAGCAGUCGAAGAUUCGCCGAGAAACACAGCUGCGACCACCUGGACACCAACAGCAGCCAUACAGCCUCCCGAAGACAAGAGCAGUACUCCGUCGGUCGCCAGUAACGCCUCUCCCAACGUCAAAGACAGCCUCGAUAUGGACUUCUCCGAUGACGAGGACGAAGACGCAAGCUCGACCGACGCCAAGAACGGCAGCGGCGGUUCCGUCGGAAAGAUCCGCAGCAGCGGUUCCCACAUCCAUCUCUGGCAGUUCCUCAAGGAACUGCUCCAGUCUCCCGGUAGUCACGGCUCCUGCAUACGUUGGCUCGACCGGAACAAGGGCGUCUUCAAGAUCGAGGAUUCGGUUCGCGUCGCCAGACUCUGGGGUAAGAGGAAGAAUAGACCGGCCAUGAACUACGACAAGCUCAGUCGGAGCAUACGGCAGUACUACAAGAAGGGGAUCAUGAAGAAGACCGAACGGAGCCAGAGGCUGGUCUACCAGUUCUGUCAUCCGUAUUGUCUGUAAGGUAUCGAGGGGAGUAGUAUGUAGAGCUGCUAUUUUUUCUACAAAGGAAACUACGUAAUAUACUCAUGUAACGACGAACGUCGUAUAAGUAUCUAGACUCGUAAGACGAAAGAUCCGUCGUACAGGUUACUCUGCACUGACGGGUCCGCUAAGUACGCCUAUGUGGGCACUUAAACAUAAUAUUUUUAUAUUCUCUAAACGCGUAUAUACUCUCCGUAAAACGAUCGCGAGGGAGGUCCGAUUGAAUCGUCUGCGAUCGAGAGGUACGUCUCGAUCAUUCCAUCCCUUCCUCGCCGCGCAUGCGUACAUGUCUACUACUGUUUCGUUAUUAAGUUUUUUUUUUGUUGAACAAAAAAUAGAAAAACAAUAAAAAAAAGAGAGAGAGAGAGAGAGAGAAGAAAAUGAAACGGGCGGAAACAGCCGACGCCUUGUCUACUUACUGGUCCCGAUCGGUCGCGAUCGUUUCGCGACGAGGAGCCACUUAUUGCGGGUAUGGCCUUAGCGCGCGGAACUAUUCGCUGCUGCUUGGUCGUCGUUGACACAAGUGUGGCUCUCUCGUGAAAUCCGACAGGACUGGUGAUUUUGGUCCCAUAUAUCUAUGAUAUAUUAAACUUGUAUGUUCCAUGAACGAUUAGUUUUUUAAGCGAUAUAUUAUAUUGAUUUUUAUGUAUAAGAAGUAGAAAUAUAUUGUACAGGCUCUUGUGAGCCUGUUUUUAUUUUAUUAAUGCACUGAACUGUACAAGUGUAUGCUGGUUAAGCUUUAUAACUCGUAUUAUUUACAUAUUGUACUCGACGGUUGAAUUUGUAGUGUUCUGUAAUUUAAUACGUUUUCAGAUUUUCACUUAGUUUUAUAAAUAUGAAGUGUAUAAUAAUCAAGCGGUGCUAUUUCCGCAAAAAUCGAUAGGAUAUUAUUUUGAGUAAAAGCGAUAUUUUAUUUAUUUCUUUUAUUGGGAUAGCUUUACGUACUAUAUAUUAUUAUCAGCACUUUUGGUAUUGCGUCAAACGCAAGUUUUUAACACUUUACCACAUAGCAAAAACUCGUAUACUCGUAUCAAAUAUACUCGUAACGCGCAUCACGAUAUCUUUCCGUACAAAGACGAAGCUUCGAAUGUUCGAAGAGAAUCGUUGGCAAUCUGUAACGCGAUUCACGAAAAUAAUCAAAAAUAAAAACGUUCAAACCUAAAGAA